AUGACAGGCCGAGAGGAAACAGAGGAUAGGCCGCACACCAAGACCUUGACCAGCCCGUUGUACGGUACAAGAUCCGGAUUUCGGACCAAAGGCUUCGCCAUCACCGACCUGCUCGGACUCGAGUCUGACCUCCGGCCGCGGCAGUCCGGUCCUGAGCUCGAGUAUCAUGAAGGCGGGAAUGAUGGACACGGUGGGAGGGUUGGAGGAUUCCCCUUCCCCGCGGGCUCCAUACCUCUGGGUUUAGGGUUCCUCUGCAGCCUGGCAGCACAACAACCAGCUGGAGCUCCGUGUUUCCUUCCGAGCCACAUCCCGCUUUUACAGUCUAGAACCGAGAGGCACUUCAGCCCGAACCCAGAGCAACAGAGGACAGAUGUUUAUUCCGAUGAAGACUGUUUAUCUGGUGAUCACAACGAGGGCAAAAGUUCCAACAACUCACAGAAGCGGAAAAAACGCAGACACAGGACCGUGUUCACCUCCCAUCAGCUGGAGGAACUUGAGAAGGCUUUUAAUGAAGCUCACUAUCCAGAUGUUUACGUGCGGGAAAUGCUGGCCAUGAAGACCGAGUUACCCGAGGACAGGAUCCAGGUCUGGUUCCAGAACCGCCGGGCUAAAUGGAGGAAGCGUGAGAAGUGCUGGGGUCGCAGCAGUGUGAUGGCUGAGUACGGGCUCUACGGUGCCAUGGUCCGGCACUCCAUCCCUCUACCAGAGUCCAUCAUCAACUCAGCCAAAAAUGGCAUGAUGGGCUCAUGUGCUCCUUGGCUGCUGGGGAUGCACAAAAAGUCAACAGAAAUAAAGGAAAGGUCCCCGGAGAGGCCGGAAUCGCGACAUUCUGAUUCAUAUCACAAGGAGAUAAAAGGAAAAGAUGGUGAGGCUGCGUGGUCAAGCCGAGCAUCCACGGAGGAUGAUUUAGAAGACAUGGCUAUCGACCUAUCCAGCACGUCCAAACAGGACAACAAGAGCACUUUGAGAGUUUUGUCCCACCAAGAUGAACUCAGCAGGGAUUCUGAGAACGAGAACUGA